GUGUUUUUUAGAGAUUGUUAAAAGAAUGGAAUUAAUUUUCAUGAAUUCCCCUUAUCUGUUAUCUCUUACGAGUCUCACAUGGGCCUUCAACGAAGCCUAUUUUCGGACCCAGCCCACUUUCCAAAUUGCUCGACACUAUUACAUCCUCAAAUGACCGGUAAAUCCCUUUUCCGGUAAUCUUUUCAUGUUUCUUCGGGUGUUGAGGUCAUCAAACUUUUGUAAAAGUUUUCUGAUUACUUGUUAUUGUUACCCAUUAAAUUAAGGGGAAAACCCCAACUUCUUCCCCUACUCUUUAACUUUUAUAUGAAUUGUUCAAACUUAAAGAUCCAUGAUAAAGAUUCUAUUUUGAUCACAAAUUAAAAGAAAAAUCUGUUUUAUUGGUGGAAAAGAAAGAGAAAAAGUAUAUAAAAAAAAGUUGGAGUGUUGGUGAUGGGAAGAGUGUUUCUUGUUGAAUUAGAUGGCAAAGUCUACCGCUGUAGAUGCUGUGAUAGCCCUUUAGCUCUUGCUGAUGAUAUCCUUUCUCGGUCAUUCAGCUGUCGCAAAGGGAGGGCUUAUCUUUUUGAAAAUGCGGUAAAUGUGACAACUGGACCAGAAGAAGACAGACUUAUGAUGUCUGGAAUGCAUACAGUUGCUGAUAUAUUUUGUUGUGGAUGUGGCCAACUUCUUGGUUGGAAAUAUAUGGUAGCUCGGGAUAAAAACCAGAAGUACAAAGAGGGAAAGGUGGUUCUUGAAAGAUGGAGGAUAAGUGAGGACUCUAGUGAGGAGUUUAAUGUUGAUGAUCGUCAAAAUUCAAGCGAUCCCGAAUAUCCUUAAUUAGCAAAAACUGUGGCAUUAAUAAUACUCCAAAUGAAUGAAUGUAAAUAAAGUUAUGAAGUUUGAGGUUUUAUCUGUCGCCUCUGCUUAGAAAAUUGAUGUUAAAAUAAAUGAUUAGUCUCAGAACUGCUUUAGUUAGUGAUUAAAUAAAGAAUUGUUAUGAUUAUAUUUCCAUCCCAAAUAGCAUGAAGAUUGGAAUUACUACUUUUGUUACUCCCUAAUCCCUACGCUAAUCUAAGAACACAUCACAGACUCAUAUCUCUAACCAACACACAUUAUGUCAACAAUCAAUAGUUAAGAGUUCAAUAAUCAUAUUUAUUAAUCUUUUUUUUUUUUUUUUUUUUUUUUUUUUUUUAUAACUUUUUUACUUCUGUAACAUACUUCAAAGUUCAAAGUAAAGAAAACUGAGUGACGGGCUGACGGCUCAGCUGCCGACAAUAAUGUGUAAAACCAAAGUUUGUUUACGACAAGACAAAUGUGUAAAACCACAUUGUGUGAUAACAAGAGAGUGUUAGAAGGUCUACACAAUAUGCUGCAUAGAGUAUGGUAGUAGAUUCAUUCAAUGCAAAAAAUUGUUUCUGUGUACAAUGUUUAAAAGACACUUCUAUAUACACUAUUUAUUAUGUUCCACUAAAAAAUUGCUCACAAAAAAAUUCUAACAUAAAAGUCAUUGUAGGGAUCUUUACGAGACGGCUAAAUAUUUUUAAUUGAAAGUUAGGGAUAUAUAUAUGGCAUGAUAAUUACUUUUUGCUUGCCUUAAAGAAAAUUAAUGGAAAAAAAAAUAAAGACUAUAACUAUUAAAAAAUAUAUUUUUAAGAAGUGAGAAAUAUGUGGAGGU